GCAUCGACUAGUUAUAGUUAGUUACCAUGAAAAACAAAACAUCUUAUUCAUAUCCUUCUUCAUCCCACCCACAUCUUCCCUGUCACAGUCGCACCCUAACUAACGAACAUCUAGAUACAAAUAUAUUUAAUCAUCAAUCAAUUUCAAAACCCUAACAAGUCAAUAACAAUAAUAAUCAUAAUCUUAAUAAUAUAAAUCAAAUAAAUAAAUAGAAAACAAAAUAAACAGCCUCAUCCCAGCAACAACAACCACCUAAUUUCCUUCUUUCUAUCAUUCUCCGUCAAUUUUGAUAAACACGAUUAACAAAGAUUAAUCAGAAUUAAGAAGAAUCGUCACCGAGUUCAUCUUCACCAUCACCGCCAUGGAUAGGUUAGUAAAAGCAGAGGUAAAAGAACUGGAGCUCCACUUUCAGAAAAACCAAAAGUGCAGUUCCACUUUCAAGCUCACAAAUCUCAUGCACACCAUGACUGUUGCAGUUUCACUAACAACAUCAAACCCAUCAACUUUCUCUAUCAACAAACCAUUAUCAGUAAUUCCACCACUCUCUUCAGCAUCAUACAUACUUCAUCUCUCAAAUCUGAAUCAACCACCUCUCUCUAAUCAUCCCGACGUCAUCACCGUUAAAACCUCCAUGCUUCCAACCGGUAAGGCCAACACAGAGGACCUCCGCCGUCUCUUCAACAAACCCGGCCCCCACGUUUUCCGCGAUGCAGUUAUAACCGUCACCUUAGUGGGACCCAGCGUGGCUGAGUUCAUCAUUUCAAACUAUGAUUCCGUCGCUGAAGCUCGUAGCCUCUUCAUGAAAGGUAUAUCCGUUUGUACGAAAUCAGAUCUCACGAAUUUGCUGAAACCCGCUGUUGAAAGAGGGGAUGUAAACUACGUUGCGGAUCUUAUCGCCGCCGGUGGAGAUGCGAGUUUUGAAGAUUUAAACGGUCGGUCGCUUAUUCCGGUGGCAAUCAGAACUGGGAAACUCGAUGUUCUGAAGCUUCUAGUAGCUUCCGGUUGCAGAAUCAACGAUUCAGUGGAUUUUGUUUUGCACGAAGCUGCAGUUUUGGAUCGAAUCGAUGUUGUGAAGUUUUUGUUCGAUUACUUCGGCGAUGAAUUGGAUGUGAAUUCGGUGAACGCAGGAUUCAAGACGCCGAUUCACAUGGCGGCGAUGGAAGGUCACGUGAGCGUGAUCGAGUUUCUAGUUUCGGUUGGAGCAAACCCUAACGCCGUGGAUUCUAAGAACUGGACCCCACUUCAUCACGCAGCGUCGAGAAACCACUAUAAAGCGGUGGAGUUUUUACUUGAACACUCCGACGUGAAGUACGCGAGAGACAUAAACGGGAAAACGCCGUUUGAAAUAGCGGAGGAGAGUGGACACACGCGCUUGUUCGGUUUACUGCGUUACGGCGACGCGCUUCUUCGUGCGGCGAGGGUUGAUAAUGUGCACGCGCUGAAGAAGUGUUUGGCGGAAGGAGCGGAAGUGAAUAGAAAGGAUCAGAAUGGGUGGACCCCACUGCAUUGGGCUUCAUUCAAAGGGAGGAUAAAAAGUGUUAAGGUUUUGUUGGAACAUGGUGCUGAGGUUGAUUGUGUUGAUGAUGCUGGUUACACUCCUUUGCAUUGUGCUGCUGAGGCAGGACAUUUGCAAGUUGCUUUGGUUUUGAUUGCUCAUGGUGGAUGUCAGACUAAUCUAAAGACAUUUCAACAUGUUUCUCCAAUGGGUUCUUUUCAAAAACAUGACUGUUUUACUUAUCAUAAAAAAUCUGAGACUACUGCUUGAGUAUAUAGUGUUGUAUAGUUGUGUUUUAUACAGUAAAUUAGAUGUAUUUUGUACAAGCUAGGUUUCUUAUGAGCUCUUGUAUUUUAGGCUCAGUUUUUUCAGGUGAAGUGCCUAAUAGGUAGUUUGUUCUUGCCUGCAUUAUGUUUUCUGGCUUCAACACCAAGCUGGGUAAACUUAUUUUUGUUUUCAGAAAUUUGUGCAAUCCUUAAUGAGUGUUUUUUUUGGCCAUAAGAACGGGAUAUUGGUCUUGAA